GUUCACUUACCUUACCCCUCCACCAAUGAGCUCACAGCACCGAGGACUAUAACCCACCGUGUGUGCAACUACGCCAGUGCAUACGGGGGACUUCGAAAGUUGCUACCCGACUUGCGCGCACCUGCGGACGCACUUCCGAGUCACGUCGUCGGCCAUCCUGCGGUCUCGUGUGACUCACUCGCCAGCCUCCCUUUUUCACCUUUAUUUGUCGGCAUUCAGCAGGAGUGGCUUUUGGUGACCUCAGGGUGCGCCCUGAGCGGCUGCCACGCGGAGCUGCGCAAUGAUCGAGCGUGAGCGCAUAGGUGGGAUCCUGAACAAUGGGUGUAUAGAGACGGAAGACGAGAAGGAGAACCUCUCUUAGACUUCUUAUUUUCGCUUUUCAAGAAAUAGGAUGUCUAAGCGAGUCCGACCCGGCUAUAGCCGCCAAGAAGUCAACAAAACCUCAUGGGAAGUGCCGGAGCGGUACCGGGACCUGAAGCAGGUGGGGACCGGGGCUUACGGGACGGUAUGCUCAGCAGUGGACUCCAGGACAGGAGCCAAAGUGGCAAUCAAGAAGCUGUACCGACCCUUCCAGUCUGAGCUCUUUGCAAAACGGGCCUACAGGGAGCUGAGGCUUCUCAAACACAUGAAACAUGAGAAUGUGAUUGGCCUAUUAGAUGUGUUUACUGCUGACCUCUCACUGGACAGAUUCAAUGAUUUUUAUCUGGUGAUGCCGUUCAUGGGGACAGAUCUGGGGAAGCUGAUGAAGCUGCAGAGGCUGUCAGAGGAAAAAAUUCAGUAUUUGGUUUAUCAGAUGCUCAAAGGGCUUAAGUACAUUCAUUCAGCUGGUAUAAUUCACAGGGACCUGAAACCAGGAAACCUAGCCAUCAACCAAGACUGUGAGCUCAAGAUUCUGGACUUUGGUUUGGCGCGGCAGGCAGACAGUGAGAUGACGGGGUACGUGGUAACUCGCUGGUACAGAGCCCCAGAGGUCAUCCUGAGCUGGAUGCGCUACACUCAGACUGUGGACAUUUGGUCGGCGGGCUGCAUCAUGGCGGAAAUGUUGCAUGGAAAACCUCUUUUUAAAGGCAGUGACCACCUAGAUCAGCUGACUGAGAUCAUGAAAAUCACAGGAACACCAACUCAGGAAUUUAUAUCAAAACUCGAAUCUGAGGAUGCCAAAAGCUACAUCAGAAGUCUUCCAAAAGUAGAAAAGAAAGACCUUCAGAAGGUGUUUUCCACAACUAUUCCACAAGCUGUGUCUGUACUGGAGCACAUGUUAUUGCUGGAUCCGCAGAGCAGGGUAACCGCUGCAGAGGCGCUCACGCUGCCUUACUUCACCGAGUUCAGAGAAUCAGAGGAGGAGACGGAAGCACAGCCAUACGACCACUCGGUAGAAAACACAGACCUGCUGGUGGACCAGUGGAAACGUCACACCUUCACAGAAAUCUUGACCUUCCAACCAGUUGUGCCAGAAUCCAAAGAAACCUCAUUGUAAGACAAAAAGAGAUGGCUGUGCUGCCUGGGAUCAGAACAAAGCAACAUGUCUUUUUAUCUUGAGUUGAAGUGGGAAAAACUCUUUGAUCACAAGGCUUAAUGAAUGCCCACGGACUCCGUUCUCUUUUAAGUGCAAGCUGCUGUGUUUUUGAUUACCUCCCACUUGUGGAUUUGUUGUUAUCGCCGUAAAAUUCCGAUUUUUUUUUUUUUCAGCACGAUUGUGGUCCAGUAGUUUGCUUCACGAAUCUAGCAUUAAACCUUCUCCACACUCCCUACAGUGCUGAGGAUGCUUUCCUAGCUCACUUAUAGAUAACUGAUAUAAAUCAGGUAAUAAUAUUUUUUUUGUUAUUUAACUAAGCAGUAAAGUCAUUACAUUUAAAAUAGGUUGUUAAGUUCAAUGUCGGUCAGAAUGGUACAUAUACAUUGUAGGAGCAUUUAAUCAAAUACAUUAUUCCGUACCAGUUGGUAUUAAUAAAAAAACAAAAAAAACAAAAUGACAGUAGACACAUUUUACUUUAGAGAAAACAGAUAUUCUUGAAGAAUUCUGGUGACAUUCAUCGUUUGAUUUCUAAGAGUCAUUUGUACCUGUAGUUAAAGGCAUAAUCUAAAGGUAAUAGAUCUAGGUAAAUGUAUUACUUUAUUUUGUGAGUUAAUUACCUUAUCAGUGAUUACAUGUCCUUAAAGAACAUUUGAUUGGAAUUUUUUGGGACCUCCUUGUGUGUCUGUGUGUUUGUGUGUGUGUGUGUGUGUGUGUGUGUGUGUGUGUGUGUGUGUGUGUGUGUGUGUGUGUGUGUGUGUGUGUGUGUGUGUGUGUGUGUGUUUGUGUGUGUGUGUGUGUAAUCUACAUGUCUGCUGUGACCUCGUCAUUCCUCCCAGUGGCCUUAAUGAUAAUGACAUAAUACUGCUGAGCUGCUGAUCCUAUGAAAUCCAUCCCACCGUGGUAUGCACAAACAAUCAAAUUUUAAUUUCAAACCAAAAACUCAUGUAACACAAAUUGUAAUUGUUGUUUUUUGAAACAGAAAUUUGUGCAAAACAUGUUUUCUAUGUUAAAUUGGGAAUUCAUGUUUCUAAC